ACAUAAUAAAACUCAAAUAGCCAUAAUUAAUAGUCAUAAGGAAGGAAGCAAAAAAUGGUGAAGAUAGCUUUUGGCAACUUUGGGGACUCCUUUAGUGUUGGAUCCCUCAAGGCCUAUUUAUCAGAGUUCAUUGCCACUCUUCUUUUUGUGUUUGCUGGUGUUGGUUCUGCCAUUGCUUACAGUAAGCUUACAGCAGAUGCAGCUCUGGACCCACCAGGGCUGGUUGCUGUGGCAGUGGCCCAUGCUUUUGCCUUGUUUGUUGGGGUAUCCAUUGCAGCCAACAUCUCCGGUGGCCACUUAAAUCCAGCUGUCACGUUUGGAUUGGCUAUUGGAGGCCACAUCACCCUCCUAACUGGACUUUUCUAUUGGAUUGCUCAAUCCCUUGGCUCCAUCGUCGCCUGUCUUCUCCUCAAAUUCGUCACUAAUGGAAAGAGUAUUCCAACUCAUGGAGUGGCUUCAGGCGUGAAUGCUUUUGAAGGAGUAGUAUUUGAGAUUGUAAUAACCUUUGGACUAGUCUACACCGUCUAUGCCACAGCAGCUGACCCUAAAAAGGGCUCUUUGGGAAUAAUUGCACCCAUAGCAAUUGGAUUCAUAGUCGGUGCAAAUAUAUUAGCUGCCGGCCCAUUUAGCGGUGGCUCCAUGAACCCGGCCCGAUCACUUGGCCCCGCUGUGGUUAGCGGAGACUUUUCACAGAUCUGGAUCUACUGGUUAGGCCCAUUGAUUGGUGGAGGAUUAGCUGGGCUUGUCUAUGGUGACAUUUUCAUUGGGUCUUAUUCUCCUGCCCCAUCUUCUGAAGAGUAUGCCUAAAAUGGGUUAUUAAAGGUGUUGACUGGCUUUGUGUUUUGGUUUCUUGCUUUUGGAUUGGGCUUUGGCUUGGGCUUGAAGAGCUCGUACUUUGGUAAUAAUGAAAAAUGUAAAUAAUAAAUAUGAAUGAAGUUUGAGAAUCUUGUUGUUAAGUCCUUUA